UAACUAGAAAUCUUCACAAAGGAAUAUAUUUGGCAAUAAUGAAUCAAAUGGACAAAAAUCAACAGGAAGUCCCAUCAUACGUUCAUGAUGAACCACCAGAAGGGUCACUCAAAGACCACCCGCAGCAGCAGGCUGGCAUGCUUUCUCGUGUGACUGGUGGCCUCUUCAGUGUCACAAAGGGAGCUGUUGGUGCCACGAUUGGGGGCGUUGCUUGGAUUGGAGGGAAGAGCUUGGAAAUUACCAAAACAGCAGUCACAUCUGUGCCUUCUGUGGGAGUGGGUCUAGUCAAGGGAGGUGUUUCUGCUGUAGCUGGAGGUGUUACAGCUGUUGGAUCUGCUGUUGCAAGUAAAGUGCCUUUAACAGGGAAGAAAAAGGACAAGUCUGACUAAAGCCAAAAUUGAGACAUACUCGAUUCUCCAGAAUAUGGCAUUAAAAUCUGCUAAGAUUGGGACCAUGAGAAGCCAUGUGUCUUAGACACUCUUUAUCUUCUAAGGAGUUGUGCAAGUAACUCGAUUU